AUGAAUAGUCUCGCUGAUACAGAGGCUAUUACUAUCGACUCAUCCGAUGACGAUGAUUUGGAAGUGACGCGGUAUUCGCGCGCCGCUAUCACAAGCAAAAAUCGCGAAGAUAUUAAAACCAAAGAAGAUCCUCAAUCUGAACCCGUAAAGGUGCAAUUCGAUGACAGCGAUGAAGGUUUCAAUGAUGGCGAGGCUGCAUACAAAAAGUUCAAAGACCGCAAAUCUACAAAACGAAGACGGAACGCGGCUGCAACUCGCAAUGCGAAGCAAAAAAUCCCAAAGAUGGAAGCAUCUGGAGAUGACGUGGUACCGAAUCCAUCAAAACAAGGUUCUCUAUCUAGUGUAACCAAGAGAUACCUACGAGAACAACACGAUGUACCCUCUGAAGACGAGAUGGCAGAGCCGCUUCCUGAAUAUCUUCGGAAACGGCGAUCACAGUUCAAUCGGAAAAGAGAACACCUCCAGGUGUACGGACUGAAGAUUCCGCCUUCGUACGACGACGUUGAAUUCUCUGAUGACGAGAAUCUUGAGUAUCUGCAGGAGCGGCCGUUCUUCCCGGGUAGCAUUCCACCCCGACCAUAUGAGGACAUCGAGCUCCCGUGUUCCCUUGGCCUGGUUCCCGCGGCUAUCGGACAGUGGCUGCGACCAUACCAGGUAGAUGGAGUGGCUUUCCUACAUGAGAUGUUUGUCUAUCAAACGGGGGGUAUCCUUGGUGACGACAUGGGUCUGGGGAAGACGAUUCAGGUCAUUGCGUUCUUAACCGCGGCUUACGGCAAGACUGGCGAUGAACGGGAUUCCAAACGGAUGCGCAAAAUGCGGAGGAUGGAUAGUGACCCCUGGUAUCCUCGCACUCUGGUUGUUUGUCCUGGGUCUUUGAAAUCGAAUUGGCGGGCCGAAUUUAACCGAUGGGGAUGGUGGCAUGUCGAUGAGUACCACGGUCCAAACAAGGAGCUUGCCCUUGAUGCUGCAAAGUCUGGGCGGGUGGAAGUUUUGAUCAUGACUUACGAAACCUACUCAGGAAACAAGGAUUCUAUCAAUAUGGUGGAAUGGGACUGCGUGAUUGCGGACGAGUGUCAUAAAAUCAAGGAACAAAAGGCCGGAGUGACGAAGGCCAUGAACGAAAUCAACGCGCUUUGCCGCAUCGGACUCACCGGUACAGCCAUCCAGAACCGAUACGAGGAGCUUUGGACACUUCUAAACUGGGCAAAUCCUGGCAAGCUUGGCCCGAUGUUUGAAUGGAACACAUUCAUCGCGGGACCUUUGAAGAUUGGCCAAUCGCACACAGCAACCUGGAGUCAACUCCGCAGGGCUCGAAGAACUGCGCGGAUGCUUGUGAAAAAUCUCUUGCCGCGAUUCUUCCUACGUAGGAUGAAGUCGUUGAUCGCUGAUCAGCUACCCAAAAAGAGCGACCGAGUGGUAUUCUGCCCUCUGACAACGACACAGGCAGAUGCUUAUGAGAGCUUCCUGGAGAGCACCAUUGUGGAGUACAUUAUGUACUCGACAGAACACUGCGAUUGCGGCUCGGGCAAGAAAUCUGGCUGGUGCUGUCGAAGAAUCAUUCCUGGAACAGAAAGCACCUGGCAGUCAUUUGUAUUUCCCGCCAUAAUGCUGCUGCAGAAACUCAGCAAUCACCUAGCAAUCCUCAUGCCUCGGCAGAACGACGCUUCAGAAAAGCAAGAAAAGGAACUUGAGAUGCUACAAAUAGCCUUACCAGACCACUGGGAGGAUCUGUAUAAGUCUCGAGAAUCCAUUGUUAACUUUGCGAAUCCCGAGUUCUGUGGCAAGUGGAAAGUCCUUCGAAAGCUGCUCAAGUUUUGGCAUGCGAAUGGGGAUAAGGUACUGGUUUUCUCACACAGUGUCCGACUGCUGAAAAUGCUACACAUGCUGUUCGUUAAUACAAGCUAUAACGUGAAGUAUUUUGACGGAUCCUUAUCGUACGAUGAGCGCGCUAGAGUCGUGGAUGAGUUCAACUCCGACCCGAAACAAUUUGUCUUCCUGAUUUCGACUAAGGCAGGUGGCGUCGGGCUCAACAUAACAUCGGCGAACAAGGUCGUUGUUGUUGACCCGAACUGGAAUCCAGCGUACGACCUUCAGGCGCAAGAUCGAGCCUAUCGAAUUGGUCAACAGCGUGAUGUCGAAGUGUUCCGGCUGGUCUCUGCUGGUACAAUCGAGGAAAUUGUUUAUGCACGACAGAUCUACAAACAACAGCAGGGGGAGAUCGGAUAUACCGCAAGCUCUGAGCGCCGCUACUUCAAGGGAAUCCAGGCAAAAUCCGACCAAAAAGGCGAGAUAUUCGGCUUGAAGAAUCUGUUCAAGUAUGAACAUGAAAUGCUUUUUCUCCGCGAUAUCAUUAAUAAGACCAAGGUAGCCGAAAGCCUUGCUGGUGUGAAUGUCAUGGAUUUCAAAUUCGAGGAGGAUUUCGGUGCCGAUGGUGUGCCUAUAAAGGACGAAGAUGACGGGAUGAGCCAGCUUGCUGCUGAGAUCCGUGGCGAGAAACAUGAUUAUGAUGACAAUGACACCAAAGAAAAACCUACUAAAAUUGACCCGAUCCAGGCAAUACUUGCGAACGCAGGUGUGGAAUACACCCAUUUGAACAACGAGGUGAUAGGCCCCUCUCGAGUAGAAGAGCAACUCAGCCGUCGUGCCCAGCGUGGUCCUGACGACCCGGCAGCGGAUAUCCAAGUUUUUGGACACCUCGACACUCCUUUUAUUGACUCGGAAUGA